AUGAGUAAUAUUCUGACAGAAUUAUGCAUUGGAUUUGUUCGUGUAGGGGAGGGGGAACUACUUCGGAAUAUGUUACGAAAUCGGAAGAAGCCACUUGCGAAAGUCUUCAAAGAAUUGGAUGCAUUCACCAAAGUACCCGAAGAAUACACCGAAACUUCGCGAUCUGGAGGAACUGUGUCAAUUAUUACGUUUGCUGUGAUGCUAUGGUUCGUUGCUUCGGAAGUGUGGCAGUUUUUGUAUGAUUCUGAGAUAAAAUUCAAAUUCGUGCCUGAUGAUGACGUGUCCGAUGCGAAGAUGACGAUCAAUUUGGAUAUCACGGUAGCGACACCGUGUCGCUUUAUUGGCGCUGAUGUGCUGGAUAUAUCGAAGAAUACGAUUCCGACCUUCGGGUCGUUAGAAGAGGAAGACACUUGGUUCGAGAUGACACGUCUGCAAGAGGAACAUUUCGAAAACAUGCGUCACGUAAACCUGUAUCUACGCCAGGAUUACCAUUCUCUCGCGGAAGUUCUUUUCAAAUCGAGGUUUCAGCAGAUGUUCGGUGGUAUCCCGAAGCGAUCGAAAAAUGAAAUCCCGAAUCACCCACCCGACGCUUGCCGUUUCCACGGAUCCUUAUCGGUCAACAAAAUAGACGGAAAUCUGCACAUAAUACAAGGAAAAGUGUUACCCAUUGCCCAUGGGCACGCGCACAUUGGCAUGAUGGGGCCUAUGAAUUUUUCUCAUAGAAUUAACCAUUUUUCAUUUGGAGAGCCCGCCAUUGGGAUAAUAAACCCUUUAGAUGGUGAUGAGCGGAUUGCGCAAAUUGAUAUGAUCAACUAUCAAUAUUUCAUCAAAAUCGUGCCGACGGAGAUGAUGGGAAGAUACUUGGGUGGUACGAGUACAUUCCAGUAUUCUGUGACGGAGCAAGAACGAGAGAUCGAUCAUUCGAAAGGAUCUCAUGGAAUGGCGGGAAUAUUCUUCAAGUACGAGCUUUCUUCCGUGAAAGUUCAGAUUUUUGAGGAAUCUGAAUCACUUGUCAGAUUUUGCGUAAGGCUGUGCGCAGUUGUUGGUGGAAUUUAUGCCACAUCUGGUAAGUUCAAGAACAUCCCUGAAGGGGUUUUGUAUGGAAUAGUCAAUUCUUUUCUUUUUUUGGCCAGCAAGCGGGGUGUUCCCAUGGCCCCAGGGGAUCGUGUUGAUGAACCAAGCUACUCCCUUUUAGGAUCGCACGACCUUACGCUCUCCACAAAUUUGCUUGAGGGUUCCAUGAAUGGGACAUGACGAAUAAUCCGAUGAUCACAUGCUUUCGGUAUUGUGUGAAGUGAUGUUUUGUUGCACGAAAUAUAAUUUUUUUUCUCGCUGGA